AUGGUAACGGCCACUCCUAGCAGUACUGUGAAAGCUGUAACUGAUCCAGUUUGUGAUCGUUAUACAAUGAAAUCAGAUUCGUAUCCGUCAAUUCUCAUUCAAUUAGAUGUCGUGCUGACAAACCCUCUUACUCUGCGUGCAACGACACGUCUUCAGAACAGCAAUCAAGUUAUAACAUUCGAAGGUAUCAUGUUUCCAUCGGGCUUUUCCGAUGAUCACGCUUUAGUUGCUUGUCGAUCAAUGGGUUGUAGUAGAGUGAGUGCAAAUAUUCAAGUAUCUUGGACUCAAACGCAGACGUGUCGAUUUACCUGUUCAGAUGGCACAACUGCAUUGCAACUGUGCCGUUAUAUGCAAUCUUAUUUGAGUUGUCCUUCGAAUCCAAAUGAUGCUAUGAGUUUGAAGGAAUGCGUUGUGAA